AUGCCAAAGAAUGAGUUGGAAGCAACCGAACAAAAUGGCAAACUCUUGGCCGAUCCGGUGGGCUUUUAUGACCAGCCUAGUGCAAGGUACGUUUUUUUAUAGUUUACAUACAUGACCUAUUCUCAGUUUAUAAAACUAGGCAAAAAUUUAGAAAUUUCUUUUGAUAUAUUAGGUUGUCCAACAAUUAAUGUCGUUUUCGAGAGGGACAGUUUCCAAAGUCUAUAAAAAUACUAUAAGCGAGGCUUUUGGCUCGGGCUUUGACGAAACGAUCAAGAUAUUUCAGUUGAAAAUUUUAAAAAAUGUGACGCUUUUUUUGCAAAUCUUGGCAUGAAAAGUUCCGUUCCUAUUUCUACCGUUGGGGGUGUUGCAUCCAGAAAAUUUGUUUUCUGCACGAAACUGGCAUUGAUAUGGCAAAAAAAAUUUUUCUCUGUGGCGCUGUCCGGAAUUGGCAGUCUCGCGGCCAAAAGGAUUGUCGAAUAUCUGGGCUGCCCAUGGAAAACGCAAGCUAAGACUUUCAGGAAUUGACUGUGGGCUAUGGCUAAAAUGUUCCACAGCCCGGGCCGGCCCGAGGUUCGCAGCUAUUCUUAAUCUGCUCAAAAAUUCUGAACAGUGUGGGCAGGCGCUAAACAAGUCCGAUAUCAUCUUUCCAGCUCUCUUUAUAGCCAUUUCUUACGAGGGAAUGGUCUGAACUUCCCCCAGCGUUUGGGAACAUGACUAGUACAGGUGGAUGGAGCAUGUCAACUUUGGUAAAAAGAGCCAUUUUCCAGCUGCGGAAUAAGCCCAGCCGACGAGAAAAAUCGACCGAAAGUUCCACAAAAAUUUCUCUUUCUCUUCCCUCGGAAAAGAAGAGCGGUGUCCAGUGGUUCGGUUAGCCGAGUGGAUAAAGCGUCCGCUCGAUAUUCUUUUGGGGGUUGGUUCGAUUCCGGGGUCUCGCGAAGGACCGUGAUAAGGCUUUGAUGAGUAAGAUCAAACUCUAGCAACCCAGAAAAAAUUAUUUUGCCUUUUUCAAAGUCAAGUCUAUCACCAAACAAGUAUAACUUCGACGUUCCAUCGCUUUGAAGGUUCGGAAGCACUCCAAAAAAUUCAUUUUUUGACGAUUAUAUGUUUGGUAUAAUUCCCCUAUAAAACGUAUAAAAAUGGCAAAAUAUUUUUUUGGGUUGUUAGAGUUUGAUCUUGCUCAUCAAAGCCUUAUCAUGGUCCCUCGCGAGACCCCGGAAUCGAACCAACCCCCAAAAGAAUACCGAGCGGAUGCUUUAUCCACUCGGCUAACCGAACCACUGGACACCGCUCUUCUUUUCCGAGGGAAGAGAAAGAGGAAAUUUUUGUGGAACUUUUCGGCUUUCGGUCGAUUUUUCUCGUCGGCCGGGCUUAUUCCGCAGCUGGAAAAUGGCUCUUUUUACCAAAGUUGACAUGCUCUAUCCACCUGUACUAGUCAUUUUCCCAAACGCUGGGGGAAGUUCAGACCAUUCCCUCGUUAGUAUAAGAUAUCUCGUAUUAGCUAUUCGUAAAAAGGUUAGCAGCAAAACAUUGCAAACACAAAUCUUUUUUGGGAGAUAUGGCCGUAUUUAUACGCCAAGUAGAAGUCCAAACAAUUAUUUCUGCAAACUGUUUGUGACUACCGAUAAUGUUUAGUGCGGUGACAUUGGGAAGAAGGCGGAAAGCCCGGCUACGCGAGACCACAACGCAAUUCAUUCAAAGACAUUGGACGAAUUUCCUGCAUUUCUUGGUGGAGGACUGGUUCAUCUCGGCAAUGUUGGGAUUCAUCACCGCGACUUUGUCAAUUCUAGUGGACGUCAUCUACGAGUACUUGAAACAUUGUAAGUAAAAAUAUAUUGAGAGAAUAUGUAUCAGAAGAUGUGGUCGAGCACUCCCUUUUUUCAUUUUUAUAAAUUUUUCCACCGUAUAAGACGUCACAUCCUAUUUCUUAAAAUAUUUUUCAAAAUGAGGGAGAGUGUUCGAAAAGGGACUGUACAAUCAAGGGAAGUGUUCAAAGGACAGAACUUUUCUCCCGUGGGGCUUUUAAAAAAGAGGAGUCGCCAAGACGGACUGUUUACCACGGGAGAGGGUUCAAAAAGCGGCAUUGUUCACGCCGGAGGGAGAGUUCAGAAAGGGGACUGAUCACCCUGAGGGAGAGCUUGGAAAAGGGACUUUUCCCAGAGCUAAUGCUCGAAAAGGGGGACUGUUUAUGCAGAAGUGAGAGUUCAGGAAAAGGGGACUGUUCACUCUCGGUGAGAGUUCAAAAAUAGGGACGGUUCACCUAACUAGGGAAGUGUACAAACGAACCCUCACCAAAUGGCAAGUGUUAUACACCAUUGGAAAGCCCUUGAAAAAUGAUGAAACGUACCAUUUUCAUUUUUUGCAGAAUGCCUCAGGGCAAAAAAUUAUAAACGGUUGAUUUGUCCCUUAAGUAGUUACAAUAUCGGCUGUGGGGCAAAAUAAAUCUUAUUUUAAAACGCUAAAUGGUAAAUAUUGCUACUAGGUUGGCCUAAAAAUCAUUAUGAAGUUUGGCGAUUGCCAGUAAAACCAUUUUACAUAUGAUAUUUACGGUUUUAUUGCGAGGUUUUUAUUGCGAAAUGACCUAAAAAUAAUGAAAUUUACAGUAUGUUGUCGCGGAAAGGCAUUCUGCAAAAAAUGAAAAUGGUAUCUUGCACCAUUUUUCAAGGGCUUUCCAAUGGUGUAUAUCACUUGCCAUUUGGUGAGGGUUCGUUUGUACACUUCCCUAGUAAGGGGAGAGUUCAGAAAGAGGGAGUGUCCUGUCUCUAGGACAGCAUAAAAAAAGGUACUGUUCCCCAGAGGCAGCGUCCGAAAAGGGCGCCUUUUUAUGCAGGAGAGAAAGUUCAGAAAAGGGGACUGUUCACCUAGAGCUGGGUGUUCAAAAGGGACACUGUUCACCUAAGGAAGGAGCGUUCAAAAGCGGUAUUCAGACUCAAAUUAAUAUCCGUUCCAGACAAAGUGGUCCUCUACGACAGCGCGAUCAAAGUGGACUACGUCCUCGGCUUCACGUCAUGGGUCAUGUACAUGGUCCUCUUCGUGGGCGCCGGCGCAAUUUGUUGCAAAUAUAUCUCAAAACAGGCGAUGGGAAGCGGAAUCCCCGAGCUGAAGGUGAUCAUGAAUGGAUUCGUCCUGCCAAACUACUUGACCCUGCCGACGUUGGUGGCCAAAAUGUUGAGCUUGAUCGCGAUCUUGGGCUGCGGUAUGCCCAUGGGAAAAGAGGGACCGUUCGUGCACAUGGGUGCAAUCAUUGCGAAUUUGUUGAGCAAAAUCACCAGUUCAUUCCGACAUAAUGCGUUCUAUGCAAACGAAGGGAGGCAUAUGGAGCUUCUGUCCAGAGGCUGCGCUGUGGUAGGUAUUAAUAGUACGCGAUGCCGCCAAAAAAGUUCUACGGACUUUAUGGCGCGACUAGUAGCAGUCAAUAAAAAAAUGAGGUUAUAAACCGCCACUUACUGUUUAAUUUAAGGGAAUUGCUUGCACAUUCUCCUCUCCAGCUGGCGCCGUUUUGUAUGGUAUCGAAUCGACUCACAAGUAUUUCUCGGUGAAGUCGUAUUGGCCAUCAUUCUUCGCCACAACCUGUGCUUCGCUUCUUUUCCGAUUUGCAACACAUUUGAUUAUCCCUCGAAACAUUGCGGCGGCCAUUACGGCGUAUUAUCAGACCAACUUUCCAACCGAAUUAUUCGUCGCCGAAGAAGUGCCGGUAUUUGUAUUUGUUGGGUAUGUUGUAGAUAUCAUCAAAACUGUCGUAUUUUAGAGUACUCAGUGGCUUGAUGGGAGCUCUAUUCCUCGUGGUCUACAAGCGGUUCCACACGAUUGUAAAGACGAACAAAAACUUUUUGAUGGUCUUUGGGAAGUCGUAAGUAAAUUGUAAACCAUUAACCUAACAAUAAGCAAAAAAAUGUCCAUGCACUUGAUAAAAAAAAUACUGAUGUUUUAGCGGUGUUGGCUACACGAUUUUGGCGGCCUUCUUCAUUGCCGUGAUGACUUUUCCGGACGGGCUUGGCCGUUUCUUCCAUGGCCGUUACACCUUCCAAGAGACAUUGCGUGACCUGCUCAGCAACUGCAGCAUGGUCAUACGGAACGGGUCCACGAGUUGUGGAGAUGAUAUGAUCAAGAGAUGGACGGUUGACUCGGCUGUUGGGACGUCGGACAUCUUCCUUGGGUUGUUGAGAUACUUUUUAAUCAUGGUAGGAUAGUAGCUGCAUAGCUAAUAGUUUGUCGGGGAAAUAAUGAGCACUCUGUCGCAUUGGAAAUCGCAUUGACGCUGAGAAAAAUAAAUUGUGUCGAGGCAAGGUAAAAUUGCUUUUCACUUCAGCGACACAGUUGGCACAGCGACAUUGUGCUCAUUAUUUUCCUGACAGACUUAUAGUACUAUGUUCAAUUUCAGUUCGUCUUUGUCCCACUGUGCCUCACGUUGAGUGUGCCGUCCGGAAUCUUCAUCCCAGCGUUCGUCAACGGCGCAGUUGGCGGGCGAAUGCUUGGCGAGUUGAUGGCGCUGAUCUUCCCGAACGGAAUCCGAGGUCCGGACGGUCCACAAAUCUAUCCAGGUCUAUAUGCGGUAGUCGGUAAGGCAAACAACUCUCUUACUAAAAACUUCUUUUUUUCCAGGCGCAGCCGCUUAUACUGGCGCUGUGACGCACUCGCUAUCUAUCGCUGUGAUUGUCUGUGAAACAACUGGGCAACUGGGGCCGCUGCUGCCGGUUUUGGUAGGCGAAAAAUAAGCUGGUGUAGAAAGUAACGUUAAUCCAAACUUUAGAUCGCGUUGAUGAUUGGAAAUGCUAUCUCCAGCUUCUUGCAGCCGAGUAUUUAUGAAGUCAUCAUCAUGUUGAAAAAAUACCCGCAUUUGGUGGACCUUCCGCCUUCGAGAAAAAGGUAAAUUGACACUCCCAUGCAUAAUAUCAUAAACCUCUGUUGUAGUGUCUACACAGUGAAGGUCGAACAAAUCAUGGUCAGAGACGUCGUAUAUAUCAGUAAAAACACAACUUACAAAGAACUCCGAGAGCUGCUGAUAUCCACGCCGCAGUUAAGAUCAUAUCCUUUAGUUACCAAUGACGGUAAGAUGACAAAAAAAAACUCCAGUUUACAAUCGUUUUAGGUGAGCGGAUUCUGCUCGGUUCAGUGGCUCGUCGCUAUUUGAACCUGCUUGUCACGAUCCAUCUUGGUCAUGAUCCAGCGCUAUACGCCAAAAAGCGCAGCAUGACGAAUAUUCCAAUGCAGAUCCGCAAUAGCUUUGUUGGUGGGCACUUACUGGGGCAUACUUUGUUGUCCAGUAGCCCGUUGCAUGAUGGGAAAGGUAGGGUGACUAAAGUCGACAAAAUUUUGCAGAGCUUACCGUAAAAAACACGCCGCUACGUCCCAAUAGGUCCGACCCUAAUUUCGCAGUUGUAAGUUUGCUUCAAAAAGUCUAUAAACACUUCAUCUAGGGUGAUAAGGCGUUAAUGGAGCAUGCCUCAACGCUAGAGCAGCCCAUUGACAUCGACUCACUAGCUAUUGACUCAGCACCCUUCCAGCUCGUACUGGGAACAAGCCUCUACAAAGUGCAUCAGCUCUUCUCAUUGUUGGCCCUGAAUCACGCCUAUGUCACACACCGAGGGCGAUUAGUUGGGGUGGUUGCGCUGCGAGAGGUAACACGGACGCUUCAAAUAUGUAUAUCAUAAAUUUCCUUUCAGCUCCGUCUCGCCUUGGCUGACAUCUACAUGAAAGGGGUCACGUUAAACGAUGAGUUCGAAGACGACGAAGCGGACAAUUACAUUCCCGAAAUUGAUGACGCCGAAGUAAUAAGGGGAGACCAGCCCACAUUUGUUCUACCGGAAUCCCCGACGUCCGCUCAAGACGAUGACGGCUCGGGGAUCUCCAUCUCCGCUUCGACGGCCAGACGGACAAGUGGAAGUCAGGAGGAUGUGAAUUCGGGGAGCGAAACCUCCAAACAUGGGCAUAACGAUACUCCAUAA